AUGCCAGCUCCAUUCCAAUACAAACAACCAGAACACAGAUUGACUUUAAUUCCAGGUCCAAUUGAAUUUAGUGAUGAUGUUCUUGCAUCAAUGGCUAUUCCAUCUCAGGCUCAUACAUCACCAGAUUUUAUUUACACUUUCCAAUACGUGCUUCAAAACUUGCGCAAAUUGUUUAAAUCUACUGAUGCAAAUACUCAAGGUUAUGUGUUGAGUGGAUCAGGAACCUUGGGAUGGGAUGUAGCUGCUACAAACAUUAUUGAACCUGGUGAAAAAGUGCUUGUGUUGUCAACUGGGUUCUUUUCUGACUCAUUUGCUGAAUGUUUGAAAGUUUAUGGUGCUGAUGUCGAUGUAAUUACUGCUGAAAUUGGUGAUGUUGUUCCAUUGGACAAGAUUAAGGAUCAAUUGCAAAAGGAGAAAUAUGCAGCAAUCACCAUUACUCAUGUCGAUACCUCCACCUCAGUAGUUUCUGACGUUGAAGCUAUAAGUAAAGUUGUUAAAGAAGUCUCACCAGAAACUUUAAUCAUUGUUGAUGGGGUUUGCUCUGUUGGUGUUGAGGACAUUGAAUUCGAUAAAUGGGGAUUAGACUUUGUCUUGACUGCUUCACAAAAGGCUAUUGGUGUGCCAGCUGGUUUAUCAAUUUUUUACGCUAGUGAACGUGCCUUGUCUAAAGCAUUAAACAAGGAAAAGGAUACAACAUUCUUUGCCAGUUUGAAAAGAUGGACACCAAUCAUGAAGGCUUACGAAAGUGGAUCAGGUGCUUAUUUCGCUACACCAGCAGUGCAAACAAUUACUGCGUUGAAGACAUCAUUGGAAGAAAUCUUUGCCGAAGGAUUGGACAAGAGAUUAGCCACUCAAGCUAAAAAAUCGGAUGAGUUUAAAGCUAAAGUUAAAGAAUUAGAUUUAACCAUCUUGCCCAAGAAUGAUAAAGUUGCCGCUCAUGGAUUAACUGCAGUUUAUUUCCCCGAAGGUGUUAAUGGACCUGACUUAUUGAAGAAAUUGGGUGAAAAGGGGUACACUGUUGCUGGUGGUAUUCAUAAGAAGUUGGUGGGCAAGUAUUUCCGUGUUGGUCAUAUGGGUUACUCGGUUUAUGCUGGUCAUAUUGAUAGUUUUGAAAAGGCUUUGGAAGAAAGUUUGAAAGAAUUGAAACAAUAA